AUGGAGACAUAUUACAUUCUCUUUGUUCAAAAAUGUCAUCAAUGUAAAAUUCAUGGUGAUUUAAUUUAUGUUCCACCAAAUGAACUCAAUGUGAUGAGUUCUCCUUGGCCGUUUCCUGCAUGGGGCAUGGAUGUCAUCGUUCCAUUUGAUCCAUCCGCAUCAAAUGGACAUACGUUCAUUGUGAUGAAUGGAGUAGUUGAGGCUUCCAACAAGAACAUUAGGCGAAUAUUGCGAAAGAUGAUUGAUAACUAUAAGCAUUGGCAUAAGAAUUUGCCAUUUUCCCUCCUUGGCUAUCACACCACUAUUAGAACUUCUACUGGAGUGAUACUUUAUCUUUUUGUUUUUGGAAUAGAAGCCGUGUUACCUGUAGAAGUAGAGAUACCAUCUUUGAGAAUCAUUCAGGAAGAUGAGUUGAGUGAUGCUAAAUAG